AGGCUGUCCGUAGUUUACGGUAGUUUCUAUUUCAACCUCCCUAGUGUGUCGGGACGCUUUUAUCGUGCGUCUCUCUACUUGAGCCGCGCUCGAAAGUCCUUCUCUCAUUUUUCUCUCUCCCUCCCCUUCUUUACACCUCAGUUAUCAGCGGCGGGUUGUAUUGUCACGCUUUCACCCCUCUUAUUUCUUCAUUUACUACGUUCUGGCCGCCAACACACACGACCGUUGAGCGCGGCAAGUACGUAAGUACUCAAAAUACAAUUUGUUUUCUAUCAAAUAGUUGAUUAGCGAACCUUUCAUCCGAAAAUUAAGCGUUUUUUAAAUUGCCGCCCUUCCUCUGUUGAAAAGGAGAAACACAAAGGAAACAUGUCGGUCAAGAGGCACACGAGGACUUGCACCGUGGUGCUGGGCCUGGCUGUUUUCCUGGCCGUAGUCUGCAGUGCAGUGGUAUCCGCGGAGGCGACGUGCUCUUACCGCACGCAGCGUGUGCAGUGCGGCGACCUCGCUUGCGACAAGACCACAAGCGUGUGCAUUAAAUGCCGCACCAACGACGACUGCUAUCCCGCUGCGAUGCGGUGUGACGGCGCAUCUGGAAAGUGCAAGGUGAGCAGUUUCACGUCUCGGCUUGGAUGGGGCACUGUGCUGGCCAUGAUCGGUGGCUGCAUUGUGUGCUCCAUCGGCGUCAUCGCCGGCGUGGGCGGUGGCGGCAUCCUUGUGCCCAUGUUCUGCGGCUUCCUUUCCAUUCCGAUGCAGUCCGCCGUGGGUCUCUCCCAGUCAACCAUCUGCGGCCAGAGCACCCUUAACAUGUACAUUUCCGUGCAGCAGAAGUACCCCGACCGGAGCUGGGAUCGUCCGCUGAUCAACUACCAGUAUUUGAGUCUGCUGCUGCCCCUGGGCCUCUUCGGCACAUUGGUGGGCGGAAUCCUGAGCAAGCUGUGCCCGGAUGUGCUCCGCCUCGUGCUUCUCUUUGUGCUACUCUCAGGGGUGCUCUACCGCACUGUACAGAAGAUGAGGGCGCAGUACGAGAAGGACAAGGAGAUGCGCGAGGUCACCGUGGAGGCCGGCGACACCAACGCAUCCCCCUCCGUCCCCAAGGAGUACGGCAGCAGCGGUGAAACGGCUAAAAAGGAGGCCGCCGAUGCGCCAAACGCGUCGCCCAGCGCCCGAGAGGUCCCCGCUGCGUCGCCCACGUCGGAGGUGAGCCAGACCGUUCUGGAGCGCGCGCCGCAGCCGCAGUACCCGAGGCAGGAGCUCAUGAUGAACUUCGUCUGCUUCUUUGUGCUCCUCGCCUUCAACAUCUUACGCACCUGGACGAGCUGCGGCGGCGCACUCUACUGGAUGUGCGUUCUCGUUCCCCUCCUGCUUCUCGCCACCGCUUUCUACUUCAAUCGCGAGAAACUGCGUCAUAUCGCGGAGUCAGACCCGACGAAGCUCUCCUUCACGUGGAAUCAAAACACGUCGAUUAACUUCCCAAUGGUGGCGGUGAUUGCCGGUGCUGCUGCGGCGAUGCUGGGCAUUGGCGGUGGUCUUGUGCUGGGAUUCGUGUUGUACGAGGUCGGCCUGGUGCCGCAGGAAGCCUCUGUGACGGGAGGCAUGGCAACCUUCUUCAUCGCCUUCUCCGCGGCGCUGCAGCUGCUUGUCACCGGAAGCCUCGUCGUGGACUACGGUUUGGUCUUCUUUGUGGUGGGUCUUUUCGCUACAGGGCUUGGCCAGUUUGUUUUUAUGAAGUACAUUAAGGAGCACGGGCUCAGUUACCUCAUCAUCGCCGCCUUGGCCACCAUUGUAGGCGGAUCGCUGGUUGUGCUGGGUGGCUACGGCAUCUACAACGCCGUCGAUUCGGUUCGCGAGAAUGGGGACGUGAUGGCAUUUGGCAGACUAUGUGCUAAAGCUAAGUGA